CCAAUCGAUAGAUGCCUUAGUGAUGGACUUUCAGAAUAUCUAAGCGUAGCACAAUAGUAUUAUUGUUUGUUAUUUUUUUAUCGCCGCUUGGGUUGGGUUGUUAAAAUUAAAGUUACUUGUGUUAAAAUUAAGUGAAAUGGCUCUGGGGGCUUUGCGGACUCUGGUCGGCAUUCGAUGCGCCUCAAUUGUUAAUUAUUUGCCCGAAAAUGCAUUUCAAUCGAAAAAAACUUUAACAAAAAACUAAAUAAAAAAAAAAAGGAAAAUCUAAAAAAAAAAAAAACAAUUAAUUAUGUGAAAAUGUGUAAUGUGACAUUUUAGAAGUUAAGCGCGGAUUGUAUGUCUUAUUUAAAUUUAUGUUUACAUUUUCUAAAAAAUUAAAAAAAAAAAAUAAAAAUAAAAAAUUGAAAAUCAAAGAAAAGAAAAAUAAAAACAAAAAAAAAAGAGCACUUUAUUAUUAUUUUUUUUUAAAUCAGUGCACCCUUAAAACGAAAAAAAAAAACAAAAACAAAAACAAAGCGAAACGAAACGAAACCGGAGGUGGAUGUGAGAAGAGGAGAGAAAAAUGUCAACGUUCUUGAACAAUUUCUUCCCGGCAGAUACGGCUGCUAUGGAUCCAAUUUUCUUCUCGCCAACGAAUGGUAUACCGUCAGAGAGUAAACUCGCCACCUAUAUGAACCGCCAGAAUGUCGCCACAUCGAGCAGUUAUGGCCUGAACAACGGGUUCUCGCUUCUUAACCUGGACUCGCCCCUACCCGCUAAUAAGAAGUCCCAGGUCACACCACAGUCGCCAGAGUUCAUUCCAACACGCAUCAACUCGUCCCCCAACUUCUACGCACCAUAUCACAGCGCUCCUAUGCAAUUGAGUAAUGGACUCAAUGGCGUCAAUGGGUUAACAGCAGCGGCCGCCGCAGCCGCAGCCGCAGCAGCAGCAGCAGCAGCCGCCGCCGCCGGUGCACCGCCGCCAGUUGUGUCCACAUCCUCGGUGGCCACCGUAUCCGCCACCAUAACUAAACAGCAACAGCAACAGUCCAACGGCGGCACCUCCAUGCUCUCGAUGCAGAAAUCUGCCUCCAUUGCCACUGUCACCAUUGCACAACAGCAACAGCAGCAACAACAGCAGCAACAACAACAACAGCAACAAAAACAACAACAACAACAACAACCACCUCUAGGGGGCGGAGGAGCAGUAUCGGUAGCAUCAGCUCCCAUAGCUAUCAGUGGCGGCGGUCCACCGCCGAAUCCCGCUGCAGCGCCCUUCGUCAGCAGCAUGUCGGCCCAGACACCACUCAAGAACCGGGGCCACGGAGCGAUGUUGCGCCAGGAGUCACCCACGGCGGCCAUGCUGGCGGGCGGUGGUGGUGGCGGCGGCGGCGGAGGAGGAGGCGGUGGCCCGGGGGAGAAAUCACCGCCCCACGGAAUGACACCACACGGCGCCUCACCCAUACCCACCACCAUGCCGGCGAGCGUCCAUCAGGAGAACGUCGGCGGCACCAUCUACUUCUAUCCAACUGCCAACGCACAGAACAACCAGCCGGUCGUCAAUUCAGUUGUGGUGGACACCACUCAUCCCGCCCACCACGGCGUCAGUGCCGUGGCGCCGAUGAACGCUGUCGGCGGGGUGCCGCCCACAAUGUUCUACACGGGGCAUGUGUAUCCGGGUCCGGCCUCCAACGUGAUGACCAUGCACCCGAAAACCCAGCUGGAGUCCGCCUUCUUCAUACCCGACGAGAUGCGCUCCGAAAUUCUUGCCCGCAACGAGAUCUCUAACCUGAUCAUGGACGCAGCAGAGGCGGCCCAGCACGCCCUCCCCAUGGAGGUGGACAACUACCAUGCCCUAUAUCCCCUGGAACCGCCGGCCCAGCCCUUGCACGCCAAACUAACACUUCCCGCCAGCACGUACCGGGCCACGCACAAUACCACUGGCUACAAGUACUGCCUGCGAAGGUUGCACGGGUUCCGCCUGCAGUCGACCAAGUGCAUGACGCUGGUGGAGAUGUGGAAGAAGCUGCAGCACACGAACGUGGUACAAUUGCGUGAGGUGUUUACGACGAAAGCAUUUGGUGAUAAUUCUUUAGUAUUAGUUUACGACUAUUAUCCCGGCUCACAGACACUGCUGGCCAAGUACUUCACUCCAGCGCCAGAUACCAACGGCUACUCUGAUCCAUUCCAAGGCGAUGCCCGCCCCUUCAGUCAUAAGAGCAACAUACAGCGAUCGAACAGCGGCCCUUUGCUGCCGGAGUCCACCAUCUGGUCGAUCAUCAUGCAGCUGACCGCCGGCCUGAGAGCCAUCCACCAGGCAGGUCUGGCCUGCAAGGUUCUGGAUCCCACCAAGAUUAUAGUUACGGGAAAGAGAGUGAGGUUUAGUUCGUGCUGCAUCUCGGAUAUCACGCAAUUCGACCCCAACGCAGCCAAUCCACUAGCCUUGGUUAAUAUGCACCAGCAGGAUGAUCUGACCGCUCUGGGUCGCUUAGUAUUAGCUUUGGCCUGCCGCUGUCUCCAAUCCGUACAACGCGACAAUGUCCAGUCUAGCAUCGACAUGGUCACCCGAAACUACUCCACCGAUCUGCGUAACUUUAUAGUUUACCUCUUUACCACUAAUAAUCGUCGCUCGGUGACCGAUCUGAUGCCCAUGAUUGGAGCCCGUUUCUAUACGCAACUGGAUGCAUUACAAAGCCAGAUAGACAUGCAGGAGGAUGAGUUGGCCAAGGAGAUGGAGAACGGGCGGUUGUAUCGCAUUUUGGUCAAACUAAAUAGCAUUAAUGAGCGGCCCAACUUUAAUCUGGACUUUACUUGGUCUGAGACUGGUGAUAGAUACAUGUUGAAAUUAUUCCGCGAUUAUUUGUUCCAUUCCGUAACCGAGGAUGGCCGGCCCUGGCUAGAUCACGCACAUAUUGUACAAUGCCUCAACAAGCUGGAUGCUGGCUCCAUAGAGCGCGUGCAACUGAUGUCGCGCGAUGAGCAGUCGGUGCUUAUCGUCUCCUAUUCAGAACUCAAGAAUUGUCUGGAGAAGGCCUUCUCCGAACUGAUGUCCACGACCAACUGAGCAACUGAUCAACUGAGCAACUGAGAGCACCUCAAACAGGAAACUGACAGGAAACUGUGUAACUGAAAACACGCGCAAGCUCACUUAGCCACCAACUUAGCAACGCUCCUCCAACGCCCCGCCCCCCCAACGCACGACCACAAACAGCGACUACGAUUUAAAUACGGUUUAACUAAUAAGCGGAACAUUCAUUACGACUAAGACAUUUUGGCCCUCGUUGGCCGAAUAGAAACCAUAAACAAUUUAAAAUACGAAAAAUGUAUUGUUAAGCCAAACCGAAAAAUAAGGAACUUAAAGCGAGAAAUAUGAAAGAAAACUGAUAUCCAAUGUUAUGUUAGCUCUUAACUAAAUUUUAGGCAUUUAAAAAUCAAUACAAAAAAGAAACAGCCACAAUUUAAAAGAAAUAUAAAAAAAUAAACCUUCAACAAGCAACUCAAAAACGCCGCAAGGAGCUUCCUGUGGAGCGCCAGCGAUUCCCGACAGAAACUUUUUGAAAACGAAAUCUCUCCAAAAACGAAAUAAAUACAAAAAAAAAAAAUUUGAAAAAUUUGUUAACAAAAAAAAACAGCAAAAAGGAAAACGCAAAAAAAUACAAAAACGGGAAAAAGAAAUCACACGAAAGAGCUGAGAAAAUGUGGAUCUAUUUUUACAGAGAUAAGAGAGGAUGAAAGUAUUUAUAAAUAUGUAUUAAAAAAAAAAUCGAAAGAAAAAAAUUGUAAAAUUUUGCAACAAUAAAAAAUAACUGUAAUGACAAAAAAAAAAAAAAAAACAAAACUUGCAACUUGCAAUAAAAUUCGUUGAGCAACAACAAAAAAAUACAAAAUUCAGAGCAGAGUAGAAUGGUUUAAGGACUAGAUCGAGGAUAAAAAGAAACGUAGAGAAAGUAAGAAAGCGAACAAGGAACCACAUCAAAUGUUUAUAAAGCAUCAUGUCUGACAAUGACCGCCUGCCUCUCUUUUUCCCCCACAAAAAAAAAAAAAAAAAAACAGUUGAAACACAAAAUAUAACCAAGAUGAUUGAAAAUGGAAAGGGAAUGUCUUUUUGUGAAAAAGAAAGGAAGGAGCUAUCCAGACACAAAACUCGAACAACAACCAAGAAACGUUUUUAUUUUUCAACUGUGUAUUUUUUAUAGCAAAAUGUUUUAAAAAUGAAACAAAAAAAAAAAAAAAAAAGAAAACACAAAUUUUUCUAAAUACUAUUUAAAAAAGAAAAAAAAAUGAAAAUGAAAUGAAGUGAAACUAUGUAUUUAUAAAGAAAUGUAAAUGUUGGUUCAUGGAACAUGCAAAAGCGACGCACAGCGCGACUCUAGAAAGUAGCUCAUCGAGGAACUUAACUCUGAAAUUAUAACUCUGUAAUAGAAACCGAAAGCGCAUCUAUAAUUGAAUUACAAAACGAAAUUAACUGUCUAGGCCACAUAGCGUGAUAUGUACAUACAUCCAUUUUUGAACAAAAAAGAAGAGUCUUCGGCACGCAAUAUCUACAAAAACAAAAACAAAACAUUUGAACUAUUUUACGUUGGUCCAUAUACAUAUAUACACACUAUAUAGAGUAUACACAAGCCGAUCUGCCGAUCUCUCGCGAUACAAACGAUAUAUGAUGCAAAGCACGCGCUGAAAAUCCGAGUACAAUAUUUUGCUAAUGAAAGUCUGUCUCUACAUAUACAACUCGAUACCCAGGAUCCCAGGAUUUUCCCCAAUUUUAUUACCGGCUAUAUAGUCAGUCCGGAAGUCGCGUUGCGCCUGCGCGGACGCAUAUCACCGAGAAGAGAAUACGAUGGGGGAACUAACUAAAAGGCUUCAACUACUCCGCACCACCACCACCACCAAACAUACAAGAAAGAAUGAAACUUUUAAUACAUAUUAAGGUCAAUUUAGUUCGAGACACUUGAAAACUGCAUUCUGAAUAUCAUUUUUGUUGCAAAAAAAAAAACGAAAAUACAAAAAAUAUAAAUACAUACAAUACAUAUAUAAAGUCGAAGAAUGUUUUAAGAAUUACAUUUUACAGAGUCGGCUCAUAAUUCCUCUAAGAAACUAUUUUAAAAUUUUUGGCAAUUCUAUCCUAAGUGUUACAUCGGAAAUUAUUCAACUCUGUAGAUGCUGCGGUUAGUUAACCAGCUUAGUGUGAUUUAUGGCUAAUUUAACUCCUCUUUCGUUCGUCAUGCGUACUUUAUUUUUUAAAUUAUUGUGUACAUCAACGUAAGACUAAUUAUUUAAUUAAAACGAAAGGAAAACGAUUCAAAUAAACAGAUUGUAAAAAAAAAACUUUUUGAGAAAACCAAUAAAAAAAAUAAUAAAAUUUUUAAAAUAAAAUUUGUAUUUAUUUAAUUUUUGGAAAUAGUUCUUGAAAAAUCUCCUUAAAUUAAGGCUUUAAUAUAGGAAGCGAUUUCUUAGUGGCUCCAUCUAUGUGUGAGCCCUUAAAAGUAUGCUACAGUUUUGCGAACCACUGUUUUUCGGUGUGCUUAUAAUUCCCAACCGCUUCUGGCGCAGGCGCCAUGUAGUUCUCAGCCAAGAGCUGGCAAAAGUACUCUGGCUUCUCUUCAGUUGUCGAAUAAAUCUUUCGCCUUUUACUAAAGAUUUCCGUGGAGAGGAGCACUCUAAUGAGUCUAAAAUAAUUUUUUAGUAGUGCCCUGUCGUAAGACUGGGGCCAUAAUAAAUAAAUAUGAAUUUAGUUGUAAGAAAUAAGAAAAAACAUUCAUUUUUGUAUUUUUUUUUUAAUAGUUUUUAUUUUAACUACGUAAUUACAACUCUAUAAUACAAAUUUACUGUUAAACUGGAGAAUGUACAAUUUUCUCUGUGCCUGUUGGGGAUUAUUGUCGGAUUAAGGGAUAAGCG